AUGGACUGGAACAGCAACAUGAUGCAGAUGAUGAGACCGUACAGCGCCGCGAGCGAUUUUGUUGAGAAGAUACAACGUCUACGAUCGAAUUCGACGUAUCUGGUUGUUGUCGUUUCGCUGUCCUUUUUUACUGAUUUACUGGCGUAUGGUGUCAUCGUUCCUGUCUUACCUACUGCGCUCAUUACACGAGCAGGCGUGGAACCAGGUCAUGAAGGCUUCUGGAUCUCCAUCCUCCUCAUCUGCGAAUCCGCCUCCGCCCUCAUCGCCAGUCCCAUCGCAGGCCAUCUCGUCGACGCACACGACACUCGCAAAACCUUCUUCCUCCUCGCCAUCGCUCUGCUCUUCGGCUCCAUCCUCUGGACCGCAUUAUCCACUUCCAUCCCCUUAUUCAUCCUCGGCCGAUGUAUCCAGGGCGCGGCGACAGCUUGGGUACGAGUCUCCGGCUUCGCAAUGGUGGCGGAUGUCAUCCCCGAAGAGAAAAUCGCGGUGACGUUGGGUUGGUUGGGCGCUGCGAAUACGGCUGGUUUCACGGUGGGGCCGGUUUUGGGGGGAGUGUUGUUUACGUAUGGAGGUUGGUGGACGGUAUUUGGGACGUUGUUGGGGAUGUUGUUUUUGGAUUUUUGUUUGAGGUGUACGGUUACGGAGCGGAAAAGGGUGAUUGAAGAGGAGGAUGAGUAUGAGGGGGAAGGGGAAAGGGAAGAUGAAAUUGAGGUUGAGGGUGAGAAUACUACUAUUUAUGAUCAUGAUGAUGAAGCUAUCCUGCAGCCAACAGUGCCGCGGAAGAUGAAGAAGAAGGAAAAGAAGAAGAGGGAAAAUGGCUUGAUCGUUCUAGCGCGCCAACCUAGGAUGAUAUGCAUGCUCUGUGGAGUGGUUACCUCGGGGAUCCUAAUCUCUUCGUUUGAUGCAACCUUACCUCUCUUCGUCCAAGAUCGCUUCCACUGGGAUGCUUUAGGCCAGGGUCUGAUCUUUUUACCCACAGCAUUACCAGCCCUCCUCGAUCCUGUCUACGGCUACCUCAUAAACAAAUUCGGCGUCCGCAAAUGCGCCACCACCGCCUUCCUCGUCCUAUGCCCCAUCCUGCUCAGUCUUCGCUUCAUCACCACCUCCACCCUCCUCCACAAAACUCUCCUCAUCACCCUCCUCACCCUCCUCGGCAGCGCCCUCAACGUCGCCGACGUCUCCCUCCUCGUCGAAACCGACGAUGUCGUGCGCCACCUCCGAGAAACUCAACCACAACUCCUCAGUCCCCGAGGCGCUAUCGCGCAGUCCUUUGGCUUGCAGACGAUGGGAUAUCAUCUAGGGGUCUUGUUGGGGCCUCUCGGGGCGGGAAUGUUGAAUCAGUAUGAAGGGUGGGAGUGGAUGACGGUUGCGUUGGGGGCGUUGGCGGGGUGUAUGGCGGGAGUGAUGUUGGGGGUGGGGAAGAAAAAGAAUAGGAAAGGUCGAGGAGGGGAAGAAGAGUUGGGAGAUGGGGAGGAUCAGGAGGUGGAAAUGCAGGGGUUGAUGGGCACGAGGAGAGGUGGAGGAGGAAAAAGGGGGGAAGGGCAGUGGGUGGAAGAGUCGGUGGAGAGAUUGGGGAAAACACAUAUUCCUCGUAGACUUCCUCUUCCUUGA